AUGGGAGACUCUAUUACAUUUGAUGAAAACAGAGAAUUGAUUACGAGUUUUGAUGUUGCAAACUGGAUUACUUUCCACAAUAAUUCCAUUUCUCGAGUCAAAGUUGGAACACUGGAACCUCGGGCUCCAUCAGGCAGAGAAUUAACCCUUAAUGACAAUCAAAUUGUAUGGCACAGAAGCUUUAACCAGGGGCUUCCUAUUUCUGUGUGCAAUGACCACUGCUACCAAGGCUCCAGCAGAAAGAAGAAGGAAGGAGAGAAAUUUUGUUGUUAUGAUUGUGUGUCAUGUUCAGAAGGGCAGAUCUCUGAUGAAAUAGAUAUGGAUGUCUGUAUGAAAUGUCCAGAAAAUGAAUAUCCUAACAAUAUCCAAAAUCAAUGUAUCCCCAAAGUGUUUACAUAUCUCUCUUAUAAUGAACCUUUAGGAAUCUUCUUUAUUACAAUGGCUAUUGUUUUCUUUUUGAUUUCAGUUUUUGUGCUUGGAAUCUUUUGGAUGCAUCGAGAGACUCCAAUUGUUAAAGCCAAUAACUGGAGCCUCACUUGUAUCCUCCUCCUCUCCCUUCUCCUCUGUUUUCUCUGCCCCUUCCUCUUCAUGGGAAGACCUGAAAACAUAACCUGUCUUCUCCAGCAAAUGACUUUUGGAAUUAUCUUCUCAGUGGCCCUUUCGUCUGUAUUGGCAAAAACCAUGACUGUGGUUCUGGCAUUUAUGGCAACCAAACCAGGUUCUGGAAUGAGGAAAUGGGUAGGGAAAGGACUGGCCAAUUCUAUUGUCCUUUCAGGUUCCUUCAUUCAGGUGGGAAUUUGCACUCUUUGGCUGAGUACCUCUCCCCCUUUCCCAGAUACAGAUCUGCACUCACUGAAGGGAGAAAUCAUAAUGGAAUGCAAUGAGGGCUCAAUGAUCAUGUUUUACUGUGUCCUGGGUUACAUGGGCUUCCUGGCUAGUGUCAGCUUUAACAUUGCUUUCCAAGCCAGGAAGCUGCCCAGCAGUUUCAAUGAAGCCAAGUUCAUCACUUUCAGCAUGUUGGUCUUUUGCAGUGUUUGGCUGUUAUUUGUUCCAACUUACCUGAGCACCAAAGGGAAAUACAUGGUAGCUGUGGAGAUCUUUUCUAUCUUAUCCUCCAGUUCUGGUUUACUGGGAUGUAUAUUUCUCCCCAAAUGCUAUAUCAUUUUAUUGAGACCUGAGAUAAACAAGAAGGAACAUUUAAUAAGGAAAAAAUAA